UUGUUUCUUUAUCAUUUCUCGGGUGUCGAUACUAGGCAAUGGAUUGAAUAAAUAACACAUGAUUUAUAGAAAAAAGUAAAUUAGUCCGGACAUAAUUCAAACGGCAGAGAAACAAAAAUGGAUAACGUGACCAUGACUUUAAAUGACAACGAUUCCUUGGAAUACAAUGGUACAAACAGAACUCAAUUUAGGCAAAGAAGUUCAGCUUUUUCACCCGAGUUGAAUAUUACACUAUAUAGUAUAAUAUUUGUUUUAUCAGUGUGUGGAAAUGUUUUAGUAAUUGUGACAUUAAUUAAAAACAAGAAGAUGCGGACAAUUACAAACCUUUUUCUAAUGAAUCUUGCCAUAAGUGACAUGAUGUUGUCUGUGUUGUGUAUGCCCUUCUCCUUGGUUGCAAUGUUGCUGCGUGACUUUAUAUUUGGAGAGGCCAUGUGUGUUAUAAUCAGGUAUUUCCAAGCUGUGUCUGUCGGUGUCAGCUGCUACACAUUGGUGGCAAUUUCACUGGAGCGUUACUACGCCAUAUGUCAGCCGUUCAAAUCUCGACUUUGGCAGACCUAUGCGCAUGCGCGUCGGAUGUUGAUCGCAAUAUGGAGUUUUGUCUUGCUAGUCAUGGGCCCUAUUGCCGCUUUUCAUCGUGUCAUUACAAUACAGACAGGCGGACAUGCGUGUCGAGAGGUAUGGCCGGAAGUCCUCCUACAUUUCAAGCUGGACCUUGUAUACAGCGUCACCCUGGCUGUCCUGCUUCUGUUGAUCCCACUCGUCCUCAUGUGCGCAUACUACGGGCUGAUGGGCAAACAGCUUUGGAUGACAUCCAGCUCAGCUCCAACCAGGACUCCUCAAUUGCAACGAAGCCUGAAUAGAGCUCCAAAAUUGUCCGAGAGGGAUGACAGCUGUCUGUCAAUGAAAUGUGAGGGUGGCCACAGAUCGACACAUGACCCGACCAAUCGAAAACGAGUUAUCAGGAUGCUUGUUGUGAUCGUCCUGCAAUAUUUCGUCUGCUGGACGCCUUUGUACCUUCUCAAUACAUGGAAUGCGUUCGAUUUCCGUUCUGUGUUAAGACACAUAUCGCCCACAACAAAGUCCCUAAUCCUCCUUGUGGCCUACACCUCCUCGUUUAUCCAUCCGAUCACGUACUGUUUCAUGAAUAGAAACUUUCGGAACGGUUUUCGACAAAGUGUUCGCUGUCGUAAAUGUUCAAACCAACAGUUCGCGACUCAGUCGCUCAGGGUGUUUAGUGCAAGCGGACAUCAAGGUCUACUGGGUAAUCGGCCUAAAUAACAUCGGUGAAUAUUCAUUAUCAUAUUUAGUCUUUUUUCUUUAUGAGCCAUGCUUUAAGCUACCCUUUUCAGCAA